GGGGGGUGACGACUAGCAUCCGAGGUUGAGGUGGGGGUGACGACUAGCAUCCGAGGUUGAGGUUUUUGCUUGUAGGGUGCAGGGGAGCCUUUUGGCACGAAAAACUUGCCAUAGCUAGGACUAUACGACUUAACUACGACUUAACUACGUUUAAGUUUUCCCCUUAUUCCUUAACCUAUCGAGGGUUGAGGGGGCGAACCACCCCCGACUCCAAAUAGCUAAUAGACGUUUUCUUGUACGUGACAAUAUUUUAAUUUCGAUAAAAAGCAGUACCCAGUACAUAAGAUAACAACUAUGAGUUAAAUUUCUUUGUGUUUCUUAACAGUUAAAAUACAUUUGAUUAGGAUUUUAAGUAAUACAGAUUAGGUUUAAAUACACAUUUAAUUCGUCUGUCUGUGCAGCACAGGCUUCGCAAAGGGCACAGUGCCCUUUUUGCUGCCAGGGGGAAAUAGACAAUUUUGACACUAGCGCCCAACGGCUGCCGGGGGAAAAUAGAUUUUACCUUUUUAAAAUGGUAGAAAACUAUUUAGCAAGGGAAAUAGAUCUGCUGGAGGAAAUUGAAGUCUUGAAUGAGAGGGUUGACAACGUAAUAUCAAGAGUUAAUGCCCAUGAUAAAAAACUAGCUCAGCAUGAUGAGCUGCUCCGUAAAAACAAACUACUCUGGAUACGACUUAGGGCUCGAAGGGUAAGAAGAUCUUUACCCCUUCAAGAGGUUGACAGUUCUCCACAUUGUGAUCAGCUUGAUGAUAUGGGACUUAUCCCUUUAAGUGAAAGCCAGCUGCAAGACAUCAGGGCAAAAAAUUCUUCAUGUGUUCGUUUUAUUGGUAGCCUGGUACAAGCUUCAUUCCCAAAUGGAUACUUCGAUAAUCGUAUGCCCGAACACGUUACGAAAGGCCAAUUUAAGCGACUCUAUGAAAUUACAUCUGCACAUUUUACCAAGAUAAAGAGGGCUAGAAGAAACGCUGUUAAAUUGUCGUUGAAAGAAGUCGUAAAUGUCAUACGAACCUAUAUCUAUAACGCCCGCAACCGCAAAAAAAAACGAAUUUCAUCAUUUUCCAGUACCGAAAGCGAAUAUUCUACUGCUGAAUUCUCCAAUGAUGACUUACCCAAUGAUAGUGGAUUCAGCAAUAACACGUCAAACACCAACGUCGCCAGUGGUAACUUCUCAAAGGAUAACGUCUCCCAACACAGUGUAUCCAGCAACAGUGUCCCCAACGACGGUAUCUCCAACGACGGUAUCUCCAACGACGGUAUCUCCAACGACGGUAUCUCCAACAAUGGUAUCUCCAGCGACAGUGUUUCCAACGACACAGUCUCAAAGGACAGUGUUUCCAACGACACAGUCUCAAAGGACAGUGUGUCCAACGAUGAUGGCUUCAAUGAGAAUGACACCGAUAAUGAUUAUUGUGAUAGACCGUGCGAUCCGCCAAACCAUUACCCGGAUUGCAAGAAUUUCACAGGAGUUGUUCAUGUCGAUGGAAAAUGCCAGUUGUAUGCAGAAUUUGAAUGGGCAAGAUUGCACCGACCUAAAGAAAGUCGGUACUAUCCAAAGUUCGCCAUCGGCCUCGAUAAAUCCAAUCCAAAACAGCCAAAAUACCUACAGUCGAAAGGUGAAACAAAUGGAAGUGCAGGUGUCUGUCAAUGUAAUGUUUGUGACAAGAUAUUCUCUUCAAAGAACGCAGUAGCUCGCCAUAAGUUGAUUCACACUGAUCCGCUUACUUGGAAGAAAUGUCCGUUUUGUGAAUACCGGGCAUGUGAUAUUUCGAAUCUCAGAAAACACACAAGUAAAAAACACAAGGAGGAUAAGCCAAAUCGCCUCACAUGUGACAUCUGUCAUAAGAAAUUGGCAAACACCAGAAACCUUGAUCGCCAUAAGCAGAAAAUACACCACAGCUAGCCAUCCUCCGGUCACCGUAAGAAACAAAUUUUUUCCGGACGUGCCUUUUUGGGAUUCAAGUUAUUUUACUUUAUGAUUUUUGUGCCAUUUCUCUCCCCCCUCUUUUUGUAACGCGUCUAACGGGGCUAAGACGUUUCCACUCAGAACGCUUGCACAAAUAAAUUGCCAAUUUUUGUUUGUUCUCGUUAA